GGUACAAAUUUGGCAAAGAUUGAAUCAUGUUGGCCAUUGGCAUAUGCCUCUUUAAGUGUCAAUACAAGGAUAAUGCUAACGCUUCGUUUGGUUCAAUGUAAUGGCAAAACUAUUACAAGAUGGUUCCAAUUUCUAUAGUAAAACAGAGGUUUGGUUCAUUGGAAUGCUUAGAACACCGAAUGGCGAUUACAACUUCAUUCCGAAAAUUAUUGAAUAGCCAUUCAGAGGAGGAGGUGCCGAAUUGGCUAUUCUAGCCUCUCCACCAAAUGACCUUAUUUUCCCUUUCGAAAACACCCUCAGAUUGAAAUUUCUCAAUGAUUUCACCUUUUUUUUUUCUUUAGCCAUCAACAAUCUCACGCUCAAAUCAACCUGAAAGGAAGCAAAUCAACCUGAAGGCCAAAGACCCACACUUCGUUUACCGCUCCUGAGCGGUUCCAACCUAUCACUGGAAUUGCCUGGUGCUCAGUAAGGCUCUGCUUGUUUUUAUGGUUUAAACGAAGUAGCAUUUUCAUUAGGUCAUGGGCUUUCAAUUUGCAGAACUCCCUAUGUUAAAUGUUCACAAAAGCUGGGUGAACAAUCACUGGGCAUUUCCAGAGUUGUUGAUAAGGUGCAGGAAACCAGUGAAAAAGGUUGGAAAGAACGAGCAUCACUUGUGGAAGGAAAGAGAUUCAACUGGCUCUGGACAAAAGGCACUCAAUCUUGAUAGAAUUCGGAUACAAUAUGCAAAGACAAAGUCAGAUUGUAUAGCCAAAAUGAUGGAAACUUUGUUCCCAGAGAAAAGAAGAAGAAGCAAGAAGAAAAAGCAGGUGAACGAUUCAAUGAGAUUAUGGGAAGCUCAUAUUACAUGGCUCCAGAGGUUCUUAAAUGUAAUUAUUGUAACAGCCCAAUUUCGGUGAAAUCGGAACAGUGGUUCGGGACCACAAAUCCGAGCUGAAAAUAAAAUUUAUUUUUAUUUUAUUAUAUGGUCCGUAUUAUGUUAUUAAUGUCAUGUGAAAAUUUUGAAAAGAAAAUUUUAUCGAUUAUGUGCUUAAUUACGAAAAGGACCAAAUCGCAUAAAAUGCAAAAGUUGAAUUCUAGUAGCUAUAAGGAUUAAAUAGCUAUGGAAUUCAAAACUUGAGAUCCUUAUAUGGUAAUUAGACCAUUAAGUAAAAUUAUGUAGAUAUUUUGGUGACUCAUCCAUGAAAAUUUAGAAAAAUGGCAAGGAUUAAAUUGAAAAGUGAAAAUAUUUAGUUAAUUAAAAUAUGAUAAAAGAGAUAUCAUCUUAUUUUCUCAUCUUCUUCCCUAAAAUAAUACAUGGAAACC